CAGACGCGAUCCGAUGGAUUUGACCAACACCUUGCUCAAAUCCAUUUCCCGUCGUUGCGAUGCUCGUUGAAGGUUCGCACGCCGUCCUGGGUCCCAUCUCACGCUGUCAGAGCCUCAGAGGAUAAAAAUCUACUUUCAAAUCCCUGAUAGCACAACAACGGCGCGCCUGUUGCUGAACAGUUGGACAAGCGCGCCAACCCGCCAAACCCGCCAAUCUGCAGCGAAUUUCCCAAGAUUCGCCCGUCAGCUCUUGCGACUACAAAACCAACCAUCGACACGCUUUGGCUCGCAACUACGUCACGGCUCAACCACAGCAGUCCUUCGCAAUCGUACUUUUCCGAAUCGGCUCUUGGCACACUCCAUAACAGCAUUGCGCCGAAUUUGGUCGCGGGCCGAUCGGUAGUGACGCGCGAUGGACAACAAGCGCAAGGCCAGCUCAUCGGGGGCUGGCAUCGCUGAUGGCGAUGAUCGAGCGUCCAAGAGGCUAAAGACUCCAGGACAACCGUCUGACUAUAACCUGAUGGAGGGCGAAAGCCCCGAGUCCACGACCGCGUACGGUUUACACUUUCUGGAGACAAUCCGACGGACCAAAGAUAAGAGCGGGCGACUUGUUGCAAGCUACUUUGAGGACCUCAUCCCGCGGGAGACGAACAAGGAAUAUUACGAGCGCAUACGCAUGCCAAUCUCGCUGAAGAUCAUUGAGCGGAAACUGCAUAACCAGGACUUUAGGAAUUUGUCAGAACUCGAGAGCUUCUUCAAGCGCAUGGUAACCAACGCGAAAGAAUUCUACCCCAAGAAUUCUGAGACGUUCGAAGACGCGGAACGGGUGCGGAAAGCACUGAGCAACUACAUGACGAAAACCAACCCGGCGUACAAACUCAAUCCCCGCUAUAGCUGUCAAGCAACACCCAUUCCCAAUGACAUGGAGCCCGGGUCGGGGGAACAAGCGGGGUUUGCGGCCACGUCCGGCGGUGCGGUGGGCGAAGGUGAGGACGCCGAAGGGGAGGAGGGUACGGACGGGGAUGAAGAAGACGCCGAGGGCGAAGAUGAUGAAGGCGACGAGGAAGAAGACGGCAAUUCGAGAAAGAUUGUUCUUAAGCGAAAAGGGCCGGGCCGGCCUCCAAGGGCCGGGUCGGAACAAGCCAGAAAGGUGGACAGAACCGGGCGAGUCAAGGCGGAUCACGAGUACGAGGGCGUGCCGUACAAAGGCCUCUCCUUUCAACAAGCACAAGAGAAGAUUGUAGAGGAGCUGAUUCGGAAGCCUGACGGAACGGAUCCGUAUUUCCUGGAUUUUAUCAACUUGCCGCCGCGCAGCUACAAGGAUUACUUCGCCGUGAUCACUUCUCCGCUAUCCCUGAAGGGCUUGCAGAAGCUAGUCAAAGGCAUCCACGGCCGACAGCCUGCAACCGGCGUCAGCGACUUCAAGAGCUGGGCAGCACUUGAGGAGAAGGCGAGUCUUCUCUGGACCAAUGCGCACUUCUACAACGAGGAGGGAAGCGUGAUUCACACUUUGGCAACGGAGCUCAAGGAAUGCUUCGAAAAAGAGCUCAACGAGGCAAAAGCCAUGGUCCCGGAGCCUCCACAGCCGAAAAUCAAACUGAAAAUGACUCCUGGUCAAGAAACACCGGUUCUGGGUCCCAAGAAGAUUACCAUCCACGUCGGUGGAUCAAGGGGCAGCGCGGCAGCCUCACCCGCGACGCAGACCAGCCAAUCGAGCGAUUCGGGUCGUCCUGAUGGAACUGUUGACGGCAAUCGCCCCAUUCCUCCUCCCGCAGUGGCCACCACCGCCGCGAGUUUUCAGCUCGACACCACGAGGAUGCUACCCGGCGCAACAGCUGCUCCCCGCCCUCCUGUUAUGGGUCCCAUGCCUACUGUUGGGGCUCAACAAACCCCGGCAGUCUUCCAGCGGCCAAAUGGCAAUGUCGCAGGGACUAUGAAUGGUCCGAACGGAAUGUUGACUCCCGCCCCGAACCAGCAACAGCCUCUCCCCGCCCAUCAGUCGCAGAACGGCCACCCACAACCCACUCCCGCACCGGCACCCGUGUCAGCAAUCUACGAUUACAAGUACCGUGCUCCUGGUAGAGGCUAUGCGGAUUCUCUUUUGCCGAGUGUUCUGAUCAGGACCCAUCCUAGUGUGGCUAUGGACCAGCGAUUCAGACUCGAAAUCCCGGCACAUCCGAAAGAAGCGCACCAGAACCUCACCCUGCAUGUUCCGGGCCACCAUCACCGACUGCAGCUCAUUCCUCGCCUGCCGCCGUUUGAGAGCGAGGGGCGGCAAUACCGAUUAUUCGUGACCGUCAACGGCCAAACCGUGGGACGAGCGGCGCCGCUACCCGUUCCUGACGAUCCACUACCGCCGAGCGCAAUCGUCUUUGAGUUCAACUUGCAGCAUAUGACGAAUAUCGUCGCGGUCACGGUGAUUGCUGCUCUUCCGAAAGGGCAGAAACUCCCAAAUGGCGCAGAUGUCGAGGUGGAAAAGCUUGUUCUUAAUUUUCAACUGCUUCGGGCUUUCUAGGGCUGGCGAGUCAGUUCUUGUCAUUUACCGGUGUACUGCUGAAGUGUUGGAAUAUCCUGGUGCCUGGACGGGUUAAGAAUGUGGCAUCUGUGGGAUAAUCUGUAUGGCUGGGUUGUAUGAAGACAAGGCAGUCUACUCUACGUGGCACGAUCGAUGCUUGGUGUUUUGGACUCACUGGAGGCUCUGUUUUCCGCCUUGUAACAACCACUUUAGUGGAGUCGCGUGGUUUCCGGUCUUGUUGGGAUCGUUACGCUUUAGGCCAUCAUCGUGGAAUGGGUUUAUUUUAGGUGCUGCUUAGCCACGUGGAAUAGAUGGAUUUUCGCCAGCG